CCCCUUAAGGGGAGUCGCCUGCACCCCACCUACUGGGCUUGCUGAGCUGAGAAUGAUCCCUAGUAGAAAUGCCUGGCUGGGCUGCAGACCCCGUCUAGGGCUCCUGGGGCAGCAGGAAGCGCAGUUAAGAGUUCUCAAGCGCUUGACCUUGGCUCUGUCCUCCAUUCCUGCCCCCCCGACUGCUGAAAGACUUGGUUCUUUGGCACCUCAUUCUCAGUAAAAAAGCCCCGGCGGUGACAACGGUGACGUUUCUUAAGCCCCACCGGUGCCAUGCACUUCAGCAGGCAAACAGACGAAAGCACAGUGCGUGCGGUCUGCGCUCCCACCUGGGCACACGCAAGCCGAGUCCUCGCAGGGGAGAGAACAAGGGCGGAUGGUGUCCGGCUGCCAGCACUGGUUCUCAAGGACAGAAGCAGCCACAGCCUGGGGCAGGACCAGCCAGGUGGAGAGGGUGGGCCGAGUCCUCAAGGGCCCUCGCCUCAUUCUCGGGGGCAGGGGGGUGGGGUGGGGGCUGCCCCCAGCCUCCUCUUCCCACUCCCCACCCACAUCCUUCCUCACCACCUACCCCCAGACUGGCUCCCUAUGCCUCCUCCCCUGCCUUAUAAGCCCCCUGUCCUUUCUGCCCCUAAUUCAUCCCCUCACCAUGUCCCCCCAUCACUCCCCACCUCCCACCUGCCUGACCUUUGCCUUCUAGAACUCCUGGAAGUUUCCAACUGUUGCUUUUAAUUUGAAAACUCAUCCUGUUCUUAAGCAGUUGGUCCUGGGGAGGCUGUUUCUGCCCCUCACUCUGAGUCAGAGUCCCUCUCAGGAUGGAGAGCCCAGCUCCAACCCCUGGAUCGCAAAUUUUGCGCCGCUCCUCCAUGUUCCACUUUUUUCGUAGCCUGGUGGGGAGCAAGGGCAGCCCAAAGAGCUCCGACAAGGCGCUGCUGGGAGAUCAGCAGUGCCCCUUGAGAGAGCUGGCUGCUGCGUCCUUGAUGACAGACGGCCAGGGGGAAGUGGGGAAGAAGGACCCCAGGCUGCAAGCCUCAGUGCCCCAUACCCUCUCUGUGGCCCUGCCACAGCAUGAUCCCUCAGGGCUGGGGAUGGGGGUUGGGGUCUUGAGCAUCACGGCCCCAGGUGUAGAGGUAAAGUCGGUCCUGCCCAGAGAAAGCCUGGAGGUUCUAGGCAAUCUGUCUGAGAAGGAGGAGAGGGAAGAGGAAGAGGAAGAGGCAGCAGAGGAGGCCUCCGGGGAUACAGGGACCUCAGACAGGGGCCACUUUCCCCAAGCCCUGGAGGUGAAGCAGAGGGCCACGGGACCACUGGAGGUCAGCCCCGAAGUCUUCACCAGGGAGGAGAAGGAGGAGUGUCUGCUGGACGGAGACCUCGGGCUGGCCUCUUUGAACAUGGGGGCAACUCCCUGGAGCCACCUCCUCACCUUGUACAAGCAGCUUCAGAAACUGGCCAUGGCCAAGUUUCCUAUAAAGGAAGGCUUACCCCACAAGGAGGAAGGUGAGGAAGAGGAAAUGGAGGAAGAGGACAGCUCAUUCCAGCUCUGUGUUCCAGGCAUUGUCACCCUCCAGUCGCCAUUGCAUAAGACAUUUAGGUCAACAGAUACAGUGGGCUGCAUGGAGUCAGAGUUAGAGAAGCUUCUGGUGGUACAGCAGGAGUCCCACCUCUGGAAGAUGGGCGGCCACGAGGGCCAGGAGCCACUGGUCCAUCCCGAGAUCUCCCCGGAGGAGGCAGGCAUUGUGGACGACCAGGGACAUCAAGCUGAUGGGGAAGGAAGCCACCACCCAGCCUUUGGGGAAUGCUGGGGACCUGGGAGAGAGGCACUAAGGCAGCUGAAGCACCACCCUAGGCUGGAGAGAGGGGUGCGGAGCCCCCCCAGUGUGGUGUAUAGCACAGAGCACCUGCUCCUUGAGGAGAUGGACGAGAUGGGAAACUGGCCUCCAGAGUGAAGCUGGCGCCGGCCCGAGUCUGCCCUGCCCCCGGUCCCUGGAACCUGCGCAGGGACACAGCCCCUCUUCUCAGGGAACAUCCAAGGAGUUCCCGGGACCAGGGGGUCUUGGGAUAAAUGGUGUCCCUGUGUCUGCAGGGUGGGCCUGCCCAGCAGACUGUCCUCACCAAUCCGACUCAGGCCUGUGAUGUUAUUAAUAAAGCCCUGUUUGACUCUGGC